CACAAAUCACUCCCGUUUGAACAAGGGAAGCAGCGAGGGAGCUGUCUCCACAAGGGUCCACCUCUCCUGCUUGAUUUCAUAUUGCUCAUUCAUGUGAUUUGAUCAGAGAAUACUCUUUGUGGAGAAAGACAGAAAGAGAAAGGAGGAGAAAAAAAUGGUCCGUGGAUGAUGACAUUUGAUCUAACACUCGUUCUUGAUUCUGUUGUUUCCUAAAGUGACAUAAGACUUUUUUUUGCCAAGGCAGACCAAAGGGACCUCCAGUCUAAUCUUACGCGCCCCUCUUCGCCUAAUAGUUUUUUGUUUGUUUGUUUGUUCUUGAACGGUGUUUCCAAACCUGGAUGUUGACAGCUCGCGUUUCUUUUGGCACGUCGCUCUAUUUUCUAUUUCACAGAGGAAGCGCUAAUAGAGACAAACGCGGUGACACCUGCUCACCCAUAUACUUCUCGUUAUCUUUUUCACGGAACGAUCAAAACAAGCGAACACAGGUGACGGGAAAAGUCUGUUUUCAUGUUCGGGAUUCAAGACAGCAUUCAAAGGAGCGGGAGUAGUAUGAAAGAGGAGCCCAUCGGAGCCGGGAUGAACGCUGUCCGGACAUGGAUGCAGGGUGCCGGAGUGUUGGAUGCGAACACAGCCGCUCAGAGUGGAGUGGGUCUUGCUCGAGCACACUUUGAGAAACAGCCCCCAUCAAAUCUUCGCAAAUCCAACUUCUUCCACUUCGUGUUAGCUCUCUACGACAGACAAGGACAACCUGUGGAAAUUGAAAGAACUUCUUUUAUUGGAUUUGUCGAAAAGGAAAAGGAAACUACCGGGGAAAAGACAAACAAUGGGAUCCAUUACAGAUUGCAGCUUCUUUAUAGCAACGGCAUCAGAACAGAACAGGAUUUUUACGUACGCCUGAUUGACUCCAUGACAAAGCAGGCUAUUAUCUAUGAAGGUCAAGACAAGAACCCAGAGAUGUGCCGGGUGUUGCUGACGCACGAGAUCAUGUGCAGCCGCUGCUGUGACAAGAAGAGUUGUGGCAACCGUAACGAGACGCCCUCUGACCCGGUCAUCAUUGACAGGUUUUUCCUGAAAUUCUUCUUGAAAUGCAACCAGAACUGCCUGAAGAAUGCAGGGAACCCACGAGACAUGCGACGCUUUCAGGUGGUGGUGUCUACGACGGUCAGCGUGGACGGUCAUGUGCUGGCUGUGUCCGAUAACAUGUUUGUACACAAUAACUCUAAACAUGGACGCAGAGCUCGUAGGCUGGAUCCUUCUGAGGGCACUCAGUCAUACCUGGAACACGCCACUCCCUGCAUUAAGGCCAUUAGUCCCAGUGAAGGCUGGACGACAGGUGGUGCCACAGUCAUCAUCAUCGGAGAUAACUUCUUCGACGGCCUACAAGUCAUCUUUGGCACAAUGCUGGUCUGGAGUGAGCUUAUAACCCCUCAUGCCAUUCGGGUUCAGACUCCUCCCAGACACAUUCCCGGCGUCGUGGAGGUCACUCUGUCCUACAAGUCAAAACAGUUCUGCAAAGGUACACCGGGCAGAUUCAUCUACACAGCACUGAAUGAGCCCACUAUUGACUACGGCUUCCAGCGGCUACAGAAGGUCAUUCCCCGACACCCAGGCGAUCCUGAGCGUUUACCAAAGGAGGUGAUUCUGAAGAGGGCAGCAGACCUCGUUGAAGCUUUGUAUGGGAUGCCACACAAUAAUCAGGAGAUCAUUCUGAAAAGAGCAGCCGAUAUCGCAGAAGCGCUCUACAACGUCCCACGGAGUCACAACCAGCUGCAGGGUUUGGCCAACAACUCAGUGCACACGGGCAUGAUGGGAGUGAACUCUUUCCACAGCCAGCUCGCAGUCAAUGUGUCUGAGUCCACACAAGCAGCCAAUCAGGGUUUCAGUCGAAACACGAGCAGUGUUUCUCCUCACGGUUAUGUGCCGAGCUCAACACCCCAACAGAGCAGCUACAGUACCGUCUCCACCAGUAUGAAUGGAUACGGUAACACAGGCAUGAACACGUUGGGGGGAUCACCAAACUUCCUCAACGGCUCUGCUGCUAACUCUCCUUAUGCCAUCGUUCCUUCCAGUCCCACUAUGGCCUCCUCCACCAGUCUUCCCUCCAACUGCAGCAGCUCCUCGGGCAUCUUCUCUUUCUCCCCGGCCAACAUGGUGUCCGCAGUUAAACAGAAAAGCGCUUUUGCUCCCGUCGUACGGCCCCAGGCCUCACCGCCCCCUACCUGCACCAGUGCCAAUGGAAAUGGCCUCCAAGUAGAUCAAUCCUUUGUGGACUCUAGCAAGUACUCCAACGCCAGCUCCCUGCAGGGACUGGCCUUUUCCUGAAUGAUCCAAGGGAUGAUUGUUCCUCCUAUGUAGGGGCUUCUGGGCUGCUAAAGAGGCACAUUUGAUAUCAGCUCUAGCCAGAGAAUCUGAAAGCAGUUGCUGGUGGAGGAGAAAACCGAACUUUCGAAAACUCAGGCCUUUUAACAAAAGGAAUCUCUUUUUAUGGGAAGAAGGUGUUUGUUUUCUUUUGUUUUGAAGAUACGUUCUGGACUGCUCUGCAGAAGGAAAUUUCCCCACGUAACCAUGCAGAAUGGAGGGAUGGAUCUCCUUUUGAUUUUAUGGGUUUUUUUGAUGAAUUUAAUGAUCAUAUGCCUUUUUUACGGACCGUAUUGUGUAUGACAAAUGUGACACUUUAGGAGUGGGUGCGCCGCGACGUUUCUUGAGAGCUGGCUGUUGUGCAGCAGUGAUGGGCGAUGGCGCAGAUCUCUGUUAACACUGACCAGUGCUUUUUUUAUAUAAACAGAUACAUUUCAAAUUGUGCAAAAUCCAAGACACACAAAUCUCAGAGUUCAGAAAUGAGAAGAUGUGGGCCAACUGCUUGAAAACAAGAGGAGGGAAUUUUUGCCCCAGGGAGAAGCCAACAAAUAGUUUGCCAUCAUUUUGUUUGUUUUGUUUGGAAGUUAAACCAUACUCGCCAUACUCAGUUCUGUAUCAUAAUUUUCGAGCGAAGAGUCAAACACGAAGCAUCUGGGUACCAGCCGGGACGGUUAUGAUGUACGAAAGCUAUUUAAAAGUUAUUAAAAGCUGUCAUGCUCUAAUUUUUUAGCGAACUAUUCGCUCAGGCCCAGAUCUUUUCUCAAAGAGAUUAAUCCUGUUGAAAUAUGAAUCCAAGUAUUUAUGUUAAGACAAAUAUUUGAUAAGCAGAGAUAUGCAGUAAACAAACAACUGUACUGAAGGAAAAGGACAAAAGCCCCCAGCUGCCAUUACAUGUUCUUUUAAAAUCUUAUGAAUUGUAUGCGUGCUCAAAGAAUGUGAUGACAUAUGAUGACUUUUUAUCUUUGUUUUGCUUUGUUUAUGGAAAAAUUUAAACUGUGAUAUAGAUUUGAUGUGUUUUGUUUGCUGUGUCGCUAAUGAAGGAUGUAGGUAAAAUGAAGUGUAUCAGAGCAGACUGUUAAAACAACCCCCCCGUGUGUUUCUUUGGCUUGUUUUGAGGGACAUGACUUGAAUUUGGCAAAUUUAUUUCAACAGCACUGUGUGGAAUGCUUUUCAAAUGUGUCAAAUACCCAACAUAUAGCAGUUCGAUUGGCUAAAUUUGGUGGCGUCUAUUUUUGUAGAUUUACUUUCUGUUGCCAAAGUCUUUGUUUUAUUUGUAUUUUUCUCAAAACGGCUUAAGGCAGCUUAACAACACUGAUAAUAAGUUCAUGUAACACGUUAUAAAAAUCUCACCAACGUCAGCAAACUACAAACAAGAAACAUGGAUUCUGGUCAAAAGAGGGGAAUCUCUGUAAAUAUCCAUAUAAAUAAUGUAUGUAUAUCCUGACUUUGUAUAUUUCUUUUCUCCCUAAAGUUAUUUUAAAAGGCUUUUUGUGAUCUGUUCACUUUCAUCACCCAGCCUGGUUUUUAUUGUUCAUGUCAGCAUUUUGGUCCAAGUUUUGUAUCACGUUGCUUGGCUUCCAUUUUUUUAAGUUCUAUUCGUGAAAAAGUCAUUGUCUAUUUUUGUAUAAUUUGUAAGUUAAAAAGCAAUUGUUUUCCUUUCGGAAAUGUUUAAUGUAUGGCAAAAACGUAGCAUCUCACAGCAUUUAGUUAUGUAGAUUUUUUAAAUAUAUAAAUAUAUAUAUAUAUAUAUAUAUGAUGAAUAUAUAAAUCUAUAUCUUUUUUUCUUCGAGGCUUACAGAAUCUGUACAAUUGUAAUAAUAUGCAUGGGCUCUUCUAUGAGAGUGAUGGUUUUAUUUUGUGUGUCAAAUCUAGAAGGAUGUUAUGACGUUUUAUUAUACUUUAUUCCCUGUUUCUUCUUUUAUUUUUUAUUUAUCUAAUUAUUUAUGCCUGCUUAUGGAUCUCUCUAUUCCAUUUUCUCUUUCGCGCAUAUCAGUACCAGCAGUAUAGAUGCCUUAACAAUGCAAACCCAUAAGCGUACAAUCAUUUGUACAGAUCUCACAACCACCACCAAGUUAACAGCGACAAGCACAAAUUGGUCAUUUUUACCUAAAAGCAAAGACUUUUUGGACAGUUUUCAGUUGUUCGUAUGAAGGAUAAUGAGAAGGAACUUUGUAUUUGAAGAAACACUAUAUGUUUCAGAUUUUAUGUUGCAGCAUUGGGGUGUGGUUUGCACUUUCUCAUUCAUUUAAAGUAAAGCGCUGCCUUUUAUUUCUAUUUUCAUUUAUGAUGUUGUAGUAAUGUCCGCCACGUUCAAGUUAAGGGGGAAGAUAAAAGCCAUAUUCUACAGUGUCACCAUUAGCUCUGAAGACGAAGCCUUGAUGAUAUUACACUUUAGCUGGAGGUGCACGUAACCCUGCGUGCUCGACAGCGCUCUAUAAGGUACAGUCGACACAUUUCUCACCCCAAGCGAGAUGACUAACAUUCUAGCACAAUGCCUCGCCCCAGGGGCAGAGGUGCUGACGCCCAGUCUGUAACACUGUCUCACAUCAAUUCUCUUUCUCGGGCCUUGUAACAAUAUCGCCAAUGGAACCGUGGACAUUUAAGCUUCAGGGCUCUUUCAUGAAUUGUUUAAGUAUUGUCAUUCUGUAGCGUGUGUCUGCAUUCUGCCAUCUAACAUGAAAAGUGGCUUUUAAUAUGCCAGCGUGGGGUCUAUGUGUGUGAGGACUUUUUAAGCAAACAGGACUGACGAUGGAGGCCCGUUUUGGCCACUUCUCUAAUGUUGUAAGCUGGAUUUUUCUUUUCAUGUGAUUUUAAUUACAAAUGCGGCUGUUACACAAUGAUUACUUUGUUAGUGGCUCCAUCACGGCGAUUAAGAUGAGCCUCUGAUAAAGCAACAAGCAUUUGAUAGGAAACAGAACUCAAACCAAAAAGCUGGUCUCCUUUUUCUGCCUCCUAUUCCUUUGUUUGUUUGUUUGUUCGUUUAAUUUUUGACUGGAUACACACUGAACCGUUCUAUUGAUAGGAAAACUCAAGACAAAAACUACUGUAUAGAUUGUUAUCAUUUUUGAUGAAAGUUGUAAAAUAACUUUUCAAAGUUCACAAUAUUAAAUUAAAGUUCUUCUUGUCUGUGA